CUCCAGGCUGGAGGCGGCUGUGAGGUCAUCGGUUGUCGCCCGACACUCUUGCACGUGGAGAGAGCGGGGUUUGCGCGCUAGCGGUCCACUGAGGAGCGGAGCUGCCUGCGCCCGCGCCUCCUGCCGCGGCCCUCCCGACAUGCCGGAGGAGGCGAGCCUCCCGCCGGCCAAGAGAUUCCGGCCGGGCUCCUGCCCUCCCGGGAGGCGAGUGGACAUGUUGGCGGCUGGCGGCGGCGGAGCGGGAGGAGGCCGCAGGCACACGCCGCCGCUGGCCCAGCCCUCGGCCAGCCCCUACCGCGAGGCCCUGGAGCUGCAGCGCCGGAGUCUGCCCAUCUUCCGGGCGCGGGGCCAGCUGUUGGCUCAGCUCCGAAACCUGGACAGCGCUGUCCUCAUCGGGGAAACUGGCUCUGGGAAGACAACUCAGAUCCCACAGUACCUCUAUGAAGGGGGAAUUAGUCGCCAGGGCGUCAUUGCGGUGACCCAGCCCCGGCGAGUGGCCGCCAUCUCUCUUGCUACAAGAGUCUCAGAUGAGAAAAGGACUGAACUCGGGAAGCUGGUUGGCUAUACAGUGCGCUUUGAGGACAUCACUUCAGAAGACACCAGGAUCAAGUUCCUGACGGAUGGCAUGCUUCUUCGGGAAGCAAUUUCAGACUCCUUGCUUCGGAAGUACAGCUGUGUCAUUUUGGACGAGGCCCAUGAGCGGACCAUCCAUACAGACGUGCUCUUCGGAGUGGUGAAGGCUGCGCAGAAGAGGCGGAAGGAGCUAGGGAAGCUGCCACUCAAAGUGAUUGUGAUGUCGGCUACCAUGGAUGUCGACCUGUUCUCCCAGUAUUUCAAUGGAGCCCCUGUCCUCUACCUUGAGGGUCGGCAGCACCCCAUCCAGACCUUCUACACCAAACAGCCUCAGCAGGACUACCUGCACGCGGCUCUCGUUUCCGUCUUCCAGAUCCACCAGGAAGCUCCCCCUUCUCAGGACAUCCUGGUGUUCCUCACCGGUCAGGAGGAGAUCGAAGCCAUGAGCAAGACCUGCCGAGACAUUGCCAAGCGCCUUCCAGAUGGCUGCCCUCCAAUGCUUGUCCUCCCUCUGUACGCGUCCCUGCCCUACUCACAGCAGCUCCGAGUCUUCCAAGGGGCCCCAAAGGGCUAUCGCAAAGUGAUCAUUUCAACCAACAUCGCUGAAACCUCCAUAACCAUUACAGGAAUAAAAUAUGUAGUUGACACGGGCAUGGUUAAAGCAAAGAAGUAUAACCCUGACAGUGGUCUCGAGGUGCUAGCUGUGCAGCGAGUGUCGAAGACCCAGGCCUGGCAGCGCACAGGCAGGGCCGGCCGCGAGGGCAGCGGCAUCUGCUACCGGCUCUACACUGAGGACGAGUUUGAGAAGUUUGAGAAGAUGACGGUGCCGGAGAUCCAGAGGUGUAACCUGGCAAGCGUGAUACUUCAGCUCCUGGCGAUGAAAGUCCCAAAUGUGCUCACCUUCGACUUCGUGUCUAAGCCAUCUCCAGAUCACAUUCAGGCGGCCAUUGCCCAGCUGGACCUGUUAGGUGCUCUUGAACAUAAGGAUGACCAGCUUGCCCUGACUCCAAUUGGAAGAAAGAUGGCAGCAUUUCCUUUAGAGCCCAAAUUUGCCAAAACUAUCCUCCUGUCCUCCAAAUUCCACUGUACUGAAGAGAUCCUCACCAUCGUCUCCCUGCUGUCUGUGGACAGCGUCCUGUACAACCCCCCUGCCCGGAGAGAGGAAGUGCAGAGUGUCCGGAAGAAGUUCAUCUCCAGUGAGGGGGACCAUGUCACUCUGCUCAAUCUCUACCGGACCUUCAAGAACACAGGUGGGAACAAGGACUGGUGCAAAGAGAACUUUGUCAACAGUAAGAAUAUGCUGCUGGUAGCUGAAGUCAGAGCACAGCUGAGGGAAAUCUGCUUAAAGAUGUCGAUGCCCAUCAUGUCAUCUCGAGGGGACAUGGAGAGUGUUCGCCGCUGCCUGGCUCACAGCCUCUUUAUGAGUACUGCAGAACUCCAGCCAGAUGGCACCUACGCCACCACGGACACACAUCAGCCAGUGGCCAUCCACCCGUCGUCUGUCCUCUUCCACUGCAAACCUGCCUGCGUGGUGUACACGGCUCUGCUCUACACCAGCAAGUGCUACAUGCGAGACCUCUGCGUUGUGGAUGCCGAGUGGCUGUACGAGGCCGCCCCUGACUACUUCAGGAGGAAGCUGAGAACUGCCAGGAACUGAGCACAGCAAGGCCAGCACCUGGACUACAGCCAUCUUCCGGACCCGUUCAUACUUAGACCCUAAGAGGCUGAAACUUGUUUGUACUUGGGGUUUGACUGGGCCGUUUGGGGUGACUGAAUUAACUUCUGAGCCUCAGUGUCCUUAUCUGCCAGAAAGGGGUAAGACUUGGAGUUCAGAGUAAUGAAGUUUAGAAAAAAAAAAAUGAAUAGAAGGUUACGCACAGAGUUGCCUGACAAAAGAUAAGAGAAUUGAGGACUUGUAAGCCAUUGUGAGUUGUGAUUCUAACUAGGUACAACACAGCCCCUGGAGCCCUUGGGUCGAGGAGGAGUUGCCAUAGGAAGCCACAGGCCCAGUCUUUUGGCCUUGGGUGGGGAGGGGGAGGAGUCACAGGAAGCCGCAGGCCCAAUCUCUUGCCCUCUGUGUUCCUCCUUCCACACCCUCCCCAUGGACCCCAGGACUAAGACAUGCUAUGCAGACUGCCACUGAGCCAGUCCUCAGCCUCACCUUCAGUGUCUACCUGUGUGUCUGUUAGAAAAUGGGAGCAACUGGCUCCCACGGGCAUUUCCAGAGCAAGGUAGAUUCUGACCUGUUGACCCUCACAGCUCAGGGUGUCACAUGCUCUCCUGUCUCUCCAAGCAGAGACCAGCAGAGGAGUUCCUUGGUACCUCUGUGGUUUCGUGUCCCCAGCAAUGCUUUCAGGAGACCUGUUGGUUUCCUGAAACAGGGAGCCAGCUUUUCAGUGCAGCGGCCUUCUGAAGCCUGGUGGUAAUGUUCUCUUUAACUGGGCACACUGUGUGCACACAGGGGAGGCCUCACCCAGUUCAGCUGUCUGCUGAGGUGGGGCCCUGGGUCAGAGCUGCUCGUGGGAAGGAGCCAGGCCAAGUGGUUAAUGGCUCAGAAGCCAGGAUGUCAGUUUGUCUUUUCUGCAACACCCAGUCUUUGUUUUGGGUUUUUCUGUUUGCUUGCUUGCUUGUUUUUUCUUGGGGGCAGUUGGAGGCAGGGUUUCUCUAUAUAGCCCUGGCUGUCCUGGAACUCACUCUAUAGACCAGGCUGGCCUUGACCUCACAGAGAUCCUCCUGUCUCUGCCUCCCAAGUGCUGGGAUUAAAGGUGUGGGCCACCACCCAGCCAGUCUUUGUAUUUUUGAUCUCACUGAUUUUUCAGUGUUCUUGGUGGGGCCUGGGGACUGUUAGCCUUGCUACUUCCUGACCCUGAGGGAAUUUUUCAGAGAAGCCUCUACAUCCCAUUCCUGUUUAGAAAAGAUCCCUCUUAGGAUUGUAGGAGCUGACAGUCCCUGGUGUGGCAGUACACGCAUCUUAUCAGUGCCAGCUGGGAGGCUUCCGGUUCUAGGCCAGCCUGAGGACUAGACCUUGUAUCUAGGUGGAAGAAGAAAAGCACACUUUCCCAGAGAAUGUUUGAACCUAGAAAAAGACCAAAUUUAGCUCUUUUAUUGUGCUUAAUUGGUCCAAACACAUCUGUACUACUAAGAUUUUGUCCUUUAUACAGUGAGUUAUAUUGCUUAUAAGCAAGGGGCCAGACUGCCUACAAGGUACUUCAAAGACAGUGGGCAGUUUCUUCACUCUGAGUCCAACAAGCUCUUUCCAGAGGGCAUAGCCUGACUGGGCACUUCAUUGCCAGGGUCUCAUUGGUCCACAGCUAUGUCUGCUGAGUCUGGUCUAGGCUUUAAUAUAGCCCAAGCCUCAGGCAAUCAGGCUUUAGCCGGUGCUUAGAGUUGUCAGGGUACUUGGGACUUUCUCUUUGAUAAAAUGGUUACAUUACCAACUUUCUGAAAAGCUCUCCAGAAAGGGUUUUCUUUUUAAGUGUAUUUUUUUCUAUUUAUGCAAGGUUUAUUUAGCCUUGCCUGGUAAGAAGAGCUUUCGUAUUCUUAAUAGAGCAUUUGUUGUGCUGGUUAAAGGAAUCAGCAAGGAGGCAGUUUACUCCUCAGCAAUGAACAUUCUCUGUUCCUCAGGAAACCAGCAGAUUGUUUUCUGGGUCACAGGAAGCUUAGCUUGCAGUGGCUGAGUGAGUGAGGGCUGGGAGGUUAACCUGGAGAGACUGCAAAACGGGAAACUUCACAGAAAACGACUGAA